AUGAAGAAAAUGACCAAAAAGUUGUCGUCUAAGUACGUGAAGCUCCACAAGAGCCGGCUCCGGCAAGAGGGGUCUAUGAAACCGGAGGACGGUGGAGAGCUUUUCCAGGAAAAUCACUCGCCGGAAAAUGAGGAAAAUAAUGAAACGAAGGAGACACCUAAAGUUAAAAAGAUUAUGGAGUCCAUGCAUCGUAAGCUGAUGCUAAGAGAGAAAACAAAAAAGAAUAUCCACGUGGACGAUCAAGAACAAUCCCAAAGGUCUGAACGCUCGGUUAGCAAGGACGACCAGCUUGAAGGUUCGGUUAGGAACAUGAACCGUGGUGAUAAAGAUCAGCUUGAAGGUUCGGUUAGAAACGGACAUAUGGAUCAUCUUGAAGAUUUGAUUAGGGGUCGUGAUCGCAUGGACAAUGCUGAAGGUUCAAUUAAGAAAGGUGCUCGUGACCGUGUGGACCAGCUCGAAGGAUCUAGCAGAAACGGUCAGAAAUCUCAAUGUGAAGACGUUACUCCUAAAAGAAGCGGUGAAGUAGACCAAUCAGAAGAAUCAACUAAGAACCCUUCUGAUUUUACUUCUAAAAAGGAUUAUCUUGAUUGGAUUGAACAUGUUGAAGGUUCUAGUAAUCAUUGUUUCGAUCGAUCCGAAAAUCAUGAAAAGCCUUAUAGGAAGAACGACAUGGACCAUGAUCAGAUAAGCGUUGUAAUAUCGGAAGGAUCCAUAGAGGGGAAUAACGAUGAGAUCCUAUUACUCAAAAGCUCUAAGUAUAGAAAAAUGAAAUCUGAAGAUUCCAAAGGCUAUAAGAAAGGAAAAGGUAGUAAGGUCAAAGAUUCAUUGAGAAGUCAAAUGGUUGACUAA